AUGGCUCUGGACGACGCAAAAUACAUGGCCAUGGCCAUCGAGCAGGCCACUAAGAGUAAAAACGAGGGAGGUAUUCCCAUUGGUGCUGUUCUGGUUGCUGGAGACGGUACUGUGCUCGGAAAGGGACACAACCGACGAAUCCAACACGGCUCCGCCGUACACCACGGUGAAAUUGACGCUCUUCAGAACGCUGGUCGACUCGCUGGAAAGGUUUACAAGGACGCUACCAUGUACACCACACUGUCUCCCUGUGAUAUGUGCACCGGAGCUUGUAUCAUGUUUGGAGUCAAGCGUGUUGUCAUGGGUGAGAACGACACCUUUGUAGGCGGGGAUGAUUACCUGCGAGCCCGAGGAAUCGAGGUGGUCAACCUCAAGAACGACGAGUGCAAGCAAUUGAUGGACGAGUUCAUCACUGCCCACCCGGAAGAAUGGAACGAAGAUAUUGGAGUUUAA